CAACUUGUUUGCCUUUGCUUUUGUGAUCCUCGUGUUUCAAGCGGUCUUCAGCUUAUGGCAAACUGGCCGAAAUGGAGCAUUUACGAGGAAUGUUUGGCAAAGGACCGCGUCAUGUCAGCGAACGCAGACUUUCAAGAGUUUAAGAAAAAGGUCUUGAAGGCAUCCAUUGAAGAGAUCGAUGCAGAGGCAAUUCAUGCUCCCACGAUGUGGAGGUUCUUGAUCGCGUUUGCUGAAAAGAAAGCAUUCUACCGGUCAUUGAUCAUUCAGGUCUUCAACAAACUCAUCCAGGUGCCCAGCUGGGCCAAGGCCUGGGAGGCAGACCGUGAGCUGCACCUGAAAGUCCAGACCUUGCAUGAGGACUUGCAGUCAGCCAUUGGAGCGCAACAUGAGGUCCUCAAGAAGUCCAUUGCUGUGAGCGCCAUGGGUUCGGUCUCCAGCGUGAAGGAGCAGCCUGAGGAGGUUCUCAGGGCCAUUGAGAAGGAACGCAUGAUUGAUGCCAUCAAGGAGGAGGAGGAUGACGAUGUGGAUGUGACUGCAGAGGCUGAUGCAGAGCAGCGCACCGCAACUGCUUUGCAGGAAGGAAUUGAUGCCGUUACCGCCAUUGACGAGCCGGCGAAGAUGGAUUCUGGCGGAGUUCUUGCGCUGAACAAGCUGCGCAUCGGCUGCAUUCGCUGUGCUGGUGAAGAGGAUGUUUUUACACAGGAGGUGGAGAAUGCCCCCAACGUAUUUAGUUUUCUCUUCACACUGGCCAAGCACAAGCCGGAGACCAUCAACGGCGUUGCCGAGGUCAUGAACCAGUUGAUGGCGAGUAGUAGCUGGUGUUCUGUCAUGGAGAAGAACAAGUUCUUGCAGGAUUGCUUAAGAGAGCUGCCCAAGGGCGCCCAAGCAGUUCUUGGACUACAAAGCGACAAGGUCCUUGCCUUGAUCGACGAGGAUGCAAAGAGGAUGGCCAGAGGAGGUGACGUCCCUGCUGACCUUCGGACUGUUGCGGAAAGAAUGCAAAGCAUUCGUGGCCCGCGGAAGCCAGCGACGGGCGGCUAUACCGCCGGGAAAGUCGAGCCUGAGAAAUGGAAGGCCAUCAAGACGCCGGAGGGGCACACCUACUACUACAACUCCAGGAGUCGUGAAUCCACUUGGGAACGUCCUGCCGAGCUGGGAGGGCCCAUGGUCUACCGAUCUGGUGAUGAGGUGGAAGUGUGGAGCAACGGCAUGCGCUCGUGGUGCAAGGGAAAGGUAUAUCAGGUGGCCGAUGGCAAGGUGAUCGCUGACUUUGCUCUGCCUGAUGGAAGCAAUGCACGUAAGGAGUUGCCUUCUCAGCACAAGGAUCUACGACCCCUGGUGGCGAGGUCUGACUGGUCAGCAGAGGAGAAGGAAGCCUACCAGCGGUGGUUCAAUGGGAUUGAAGGAGGCUCCUCAAGCACGAAGCAUGCGAAACCCAUUUCGCAGUUUCUGUGGAAGUCACAACUGCCCAGAGAAGCGCUGAAGCAGGUCUGGGCUGUAGGCAAUUCUGGGAUGAAGCCCAAUCUCAAAUUCGAGGACUUCGCCAAGUGCUGCCGUCUCAUCGCACACUGCCAAGCAAUGGAUCCCGCCUUUGUCAAGGAGGGCGAGCGACCCCUGCGGGUGAAGUUGCGCAGCGAGUGCGUCAACGCCAAGCCUCCUGCCUUGCCGAAGUUUGAGCUGUGAGUCCUGGACUAUACCGAAAAAGGGCUUGCUGACCGGCCUUUGUACAAAGCCGCGCGGCUUGGCCAAGCCGACUGAGCCGCUGCGUGAACCGGCGACCAAACGCCGUGGUUUGACGUGGUGAGGAAAGGUCAGUUCGAAGCAAAUUGGGUGUGGAAAGGCAAGGGAGUGUGGGAGACUCCAAGAGGAUUCUG